AACAAGCUUUCGACGCACACGUGACUGAUAAGCACGAGGAACAAAUGACUCACGACAUAACAAACGUCAGAUUGUCAUUUGUUUUGUUUUUGUGGUGUAUCAAUGUGUGAUUACGUGCAAUUUUACUCAUAAUUUAGUGUCAGAAAUGAAUCCUCCGCCGCCUCCGACUUUAAAUAAGGAAACAAUAGGAGUUUGGCACGGAUGGAGCAAUGUUGGUGAUAAGGAAGUAGCCAGAGAGGCGGCAGCUAAAGGUUCACAUAUCAAUUUAGCGAUUAAUUUUCUCUCGUUGCGGAGGAAACUUACUUUUGAUGAAGCCCGUCAGUGGUUCAGAGAAGAAGUGUUAAAAUGGGUACAUGAGCUUCUGGACAGAAAACAAAUUUUCCGAGCGUCUCAUGUUUUGAGUAACAUAGGAAUUGAUCCAGGUGUGGAAUUUUCCAAAAUUUUUUACACCACAAGCAGUAAAAGUAUGAGGGAAUAUAUCGGGAAUCAUCUGGUGAAAAUUGAUAAGCUUGAGGAAAAUUUGCAACAGUUGUGGACUUUUCUGAACCUAAUUUUGGAAAAUGCUAUCUCUAUUUCAAAGUAUAAGUUGUCGACAGAAAGUUUGGAGUGUUUGGAUAAACAUGGCGAAGGUUUCAAAGCUGAAGUGGCCACGGUUCUAUUAAUGAACACAGAAGACACUAGACUAAACGUGUUUUUAAACGCUGAAACGCUUUGGAGAUAUUUAUUGACCAACAAUGAUCUGAACAAUUUGCUUUUGUGGAUAAAUAUCAAAUACAGACCCAAGAUAGACGAUAUCAUCAUGGAGGGAAUUUUAAUAGAACAGUUCAAAAAAUUUGCAAUCACUAACGAAAUGUUAAAUUUCCUUGCCCAUGAAUCGGUGGCCACGAAUUUACGACACGUGAUGUACAAUGAAUUGAGCAAAUUCGGAAUCUUUCAAAACGAGGAGAAAAAUAACGUGAUUUUAAUAUUGGAAAGACUGAAAAAUUCUUAUAGUUUAGCUAAUUUAUACCAAAUUUUAGGGAAAAGCCAAGCGUCGAUAAACGCCGAGCAUUUUAUUAAAUUAUUGAUUGAUUAUUGUUUAGAUAAGCAGUAUUAUGCGAUUUUAAAUGUUUGUGUCCAAAAUUUUAAACUACCGAGACAUACCAAAGAGUUGAGUUUGAUUGGUGAUUUUCGUGCGUUAGUGAGUGAUUUUAGCGAAGUUUUACUAAUCAGGAAUAUUUUAAACGUUGCUGAUAUGCUCUCAAGUGACCUUGUGACAUACUUCAAUGACAAUCCUUUAAUUUUACUGACUUUGUUGAUUUUUACGAAAGAGUGUGACUUUACUGAAAUGAUCGAAACCCAAUCACUAGUUAUAAGCAAUUUAAACUUAACCGAAUGUUUCAUAAAUAUGUUUAAACAAAUUGAGAUUUUUAACACAGUUUGUUCGAAUAAAAUAACAGGACCACCCAAAUGCGAGUUGUCUAUUUACGAUUUAAUUGAGAGGCACCUGAGAAUUGAUGAUCAACUUUUACUUGAGUUAAAAUCAACGAACAAUCAACUCACGCCCUUCUACACUGAAAUUAUCCAAAAUUACGGCUAUUCGAAAAAAAUCGACUACAAAUUUUACUUGAAGGAGGCGAGACCGAGCAUUGCUGCGCAAAAAUACGUUCUGGGGGAAUCACGCGAUUUGAAAAUUUUGGAUCGGAAAAAUUCGAAGUUGGCAAUAAUGAAUUUCGAUUGUGACGAAAUCGGGUCAAGUUGUGUCGCUUUCAGUGAAAUGAUCGGUUCUGAUUCGACCAAACUGCGAGUUUUGAUCCGCGUUGCCAAACUUUUGAGUGCCUCCAAGUUCGAAAAGGAGUCACUUCUGGAGCUGCUCGAGGACGACCCUUAUGUGGUGCAAAACGUCCUCGAAAAAACCCUAAUCGAAUCGAUUGAAAGCAACCCGUUUUUGACCGGCUCCCAGCUCCUCCAAGCGUUGAAAUUGUACGAAAUCACAGUCCAGUUCAGUAAAAUCACAAACAUUAAACUACCCGAGCUUUUUUUCAAAUCGUGCGCAAGUCGUAAUUUGUGGCUUCCGUUCCUUUUGUUGGCCCAAAUCCAUGAUUAUCCCCUCGAUCAGAUCAAGCUGUUGAUCCAGUUGUUCAAAAGUCCGAAUAUGUUGGAGCAUUUAACGCACGGAGUGGUUAACGACAUCCAGGUCGAGGAGAAAAACGUCUCGAUCAGAGAUUCCCGAAAGAGUCUCAUGCUUAAAGUGGGUUUGCACAAAAACUUGGAUAUUUUGAACCAGUAUGCUUCGAUUUCGGGAAAAUCGCAAUCGAGUCUUGAAAGUGGUGGAAGUUCGUCCAGUUCGGAUUUCUACGAGAUUGAUGUUUCGAAUAUCAAAGCUACUCUGCUUCAGACUUUGAUACGGUGUCACAAUAGUACAGAUCCCCCUAAAGCAUUGCUGCAGGCCUGCCAAUUGUAUCGCAAUCCGUUGUUGGCCGUCUUUGCAACGAGUUACGAGCCCGACUCGAUUAUAACGAAUUGGUUGACUUGGCUCUCGGUUUCAUGUGAAUUGUGCAAGGUUUUUACGAAUUACGAAACGACAGCAAUUUCGGCAAAUUCGGUCACCAAUUUAUUGGAAAAUUGUUUGAAGAGUAAUUAUCCAAAAACGGUUCUCGAAAGUUUUGAGAUUUUUAUUCCUGAGAAUCCAUUGCGGACUUUUAUGGAGUUUUUGCUCUGCUGUUACAACCUUGAUUUCACAAACCCAUCUUUAAUCCAAAAAUUGGAAACGUUCCAAACCAUGUUGAAAAACUUGCGAAAAAACAGCAUAAUCAGCGAAGCCGAUCACGAAAUGACUUAUCUCAACAACAAAAUCUGGCUAGAAACCACCGCAAUCCGACUCCUGUCUGCACUUUUGGAAUGCAAUUGCCAUUCCAUGUACGAACAAAUCCUAAUAGUUGAAAACUUGGUCAAGAUUCAAGUUUGGAAAUACUUCCUGUCUGAUUUUCCAAACUUUUGCAACUUGCUGCAAAUUCUGAAAGCGCUCUAUUCCAGCAAUUGUGGCGUCAGAUUGAAUAUCAGUUUGAUGUUUGAUUCCAAAGACUCGCGCCAAGCCAUCAUCCAAUGCAUAAACGCACUGUUGGAAAAACAACAAUUUGCAGUGGCUUUAAAAGUUGCUCAAAUCGAAAAUCUCCCACCUGACCUUAUCCUCACCAAAGAAUGGCAAAGUAAGAUGAAUGACCGAAAUGAUGAUGAUUUUUGGAGCGUUUGUAACGUAACUUUUGCCAAACACAAAGUCACAGCUGAUUGCAUAGUUGAUUUUUUCCUCGAAUGUUCGGAACAAAUCUCUGAUCUAUUCGAAAAAUUUACGUUGUUAAAGCUGGCUUGGGAGUGGUCGGAACAGUACGAUUUGUCGUCUCGGUACGAAAUUGAGAAGAAAAUGUGGAUUGCGUUUUUGUAUUUGGACGACAAACAUCGAGAUCUUGAAAUUUUCGGAAUCAAAGAAUCGACGUAUCUUUACAAAGACUUGACCGAAAUGUUGAUAGAUGUUAGUCAGUACGAAGGUGAGUUGAGUAAAGAUUUGAUGAGUCAGUUGGAACGUAUCGUUGCCACUGUUCUCAAUAAAAAGAACUUUUGGCUGGCUUUAAAGCUUCAGAAGAUGUUUGGUUGCAAAAACCCCGAUUUGGAGACUCUUAAACUGUGCCACAACUUAGCUGAAGGAAUUCUACUGCCGUAUCAGUUGGACGCUGAACAACGUUUGCUGCUCUCAAACGUGAACUACUUGCGGACUUAUAGUCGCAGAAGGACUUUGUUGUCGACGAGAUUUUCAAGUUUCAGCUCAGCUUCUCACAGUCCGGCCAAUUCUCUAAUACACAUGCAAGCUGUGGAUAAUGUGGAGUCUUAUAUGAACGAUACUUUGGCGAUUUUGAAGCUGCUUUCGGAACACUUGCACAGUGGGGUUGAAAUUGGACAGAAGAUUUUUAUGAAUUAUCGAAUUAGUGUUAAUAUUGAGGUGCCGUAUCAGGUUGUUGUAAUGACGACUGAUUAUAUGAAGAUUUUGAAAGAUGCCUUGGAAGAUAAUUGCAUGAAUAAGCUGGAUGUGGUUCAUGAUUUUAUCUGGGCCUAUAAGUGGUCCAAACAUGAGGUUGCCGAUUUUAUAUGCGAAGAGUUAAUAAACGCAACUUCUUCGUAUGUGGAAUCCACAAACGACCAGCUAACAAUGUGGGACCUAAACAUCGACCAAGAUUUUCCUCUAAUUCUCCAACUACUGCAAGACAAUUGCUCAAUCCUGGGCCACAAAAUCUACUCAUACGCCAGCACUUUACACAAAUCUCGCAUUGAAUCCGACUAUUCCUUCAAACCGUCUGACCUAUCCCUCGUUAUUGAACUACUGAUACGAGCCCACGAUUGUUUCACCACCGACUGCAACAUGGAGGGAAUUUCAAUCAUCCUAAAAAAAUCAAAAGAAGUCGUCGCGAAUUUACUAAUCCUCCAAGAUUGGAAAUUAAUGGUCAGACUUCUGACAGGCGUAGCACGAUACACUGAAAUGAACUACGUUUUCCAAAUCCUAAAAGAAAACGACCAGUUCGAGUUUCUCUUGCGCAAAAACUUACGCAAAGACAACACGCUUAAAGUGGCCCUGUUGGAGUAUUUAAAGAAGUUUUGCCCCGACAAUCGUGAUCUUUACAAAAUUGUGGCUCUCCACUUCACUCUUUUUUCCGAAGUUGCGAUUUUGUGGGAACGAGAGGCGCAAAACAAUGUCAAAAAUUUGAUUUCGAUUUCGAAGCUAGAAAUGCAAAAUAACAAACUUAACGUCGAGGAAGAGCCGUUUCUGCUGUUCCAGAACAACGAAGGCACGAAAAUUUGUUUAAAUAAGGCAAUGGAGAAUUACAUUCACGCGACUGAUUUCCAUCUACAGGGCGAGAAAUUAACACUGGCCAUGAAUGCGGCGAAACAGGCCGAACUGAUCGCCUUGCAGUUGGCACUACUGAACGAAGUUCCGGUGAAUACCUCAGUUGUUUGUCUGUUGAGUUUGAAAAGUGGACAAAUUGUCGAGCUUGUAAUGUCAAAGUUGAGUUUUGAGCAAGCGUUGAUUCUGGUCGAGGCUUACAAUUUCCACGCUGAUUGGGCUUCCAUUCUUUACGAGAACUACGUGGUGAGAAACAACGCAACGUAUUUGGACGAUUUUCUUAAGCAUUUGCCGCUGACUGAUAAUUUAGCUCAUGAUAUUUCGCGUAAAUUUAUAGUUUCGAGUAUUAAUUCUGUGAGUGAAAUAAAAUGUAUGAAAAAUAUCUUGAGUCGAUUGCCCUCACUGCAUGUCAAGUACCGCAUUGCGAGCGAGUUAGGAUUUACAGAUUUGGUCGAGGAUUUGAUCGCCAGUGGGCAGUUGGUUUAUUUGAAGGAUACUGUUUGGAAGAAAGGGUAUAAGAGUUAAUUACCAUUGCAAUAAAUUUGUGAUUUUUAUUCAGAGAUUAGUUACAUGUGUAUUUAUAUGUGGCUGUGAUUUAAUGUUACCGAAACUGAUGUUUUAUAUUUUUACCUCAUUUAAUAAAAUUAUCUAUUUAGCA